GUGAAUGUCGGAUGUGUCCCCAAAAAGGUAAUGUGGAACACAGCUGUCCACUCAGAAUUCAUGCACGAUCACAUGGAUUAUGGCUUUCAGAAUUGUGAGAGUAAAUUCAAUUGGCAUGUCAUCAAGGAGAAGCGUGAUGCCUAUGUGAGCCGCCUGAACACUAUCUACCAGAACAAUUUAACCAAGUCCCACAUAGAAAUCAUCCAUGGCUAUGCAGCAUUUGCAGAUGGUCCUCAGCCCACGGUUGAAGUCAAUGGGAAAAAGUACACUGCACCUCACAUCCUGAUUGCCACAGGUGGUGUGCCCACAGUUCCUCAAGAGAGCCAGAUCCCAGGUGCCAGCUUGGGAAUAACCAGUGAUGGGUUUUUUCAGCUGGAGGACCUGCCUAGCCGCAGUGUCAUUGUGGGUGCGGGUUACAUUGCCGUGGAGAUAGCUGGCAUCCUCUCUGCCCUGGGCUCCAAGACAUCUCUUAUGAUAAGGCAUGAUAAGGUUCUUAGAAACUUUGAUUCACUCAUCAGUUCCAACUGCACUGAGGAGCUGGAGAACGCUGGCGUGGAAGUGCUGAAGUUCUCACAGGUAAAGGAAGUAAAAAAGACACCAUCCGGCUUGGAACUCCUCAUGGUUACUGCUGUUCCUGGUAGGAAACCCACCACAACCAUGAUUCCAGAUGUUGACUGCCUGCUCUGGGCCAUUGGACGUGACCCAAAUUCUAGGGGCCUGAAUUUAAAUAAACUGGGGAUUCAGACAGAUGAAAAAGGCCAUAUCAUCGUAGACGAAUUCCAGAAUACCAAUGUGAAAGGCGUCUAUGCUGUGGGAGAUGUCUGUGGGAGAGCACUUCUCACCCCAGUUGCAAUAGCUGCUGGCCGGAAACUGGCCCAUAGACUUUUUGAAUGCAAAGAAGAUUCCAAAUUAGACUAUGACAACAUCCCUACCGUGGUCUUCAGCCACCCCCCUAUUGGGACAGUGGGGCUCACUGAAGAUGAAGCCGUUCAUAAAUAUGGAAAAGAGAGUGUGAAAAUCUACUCAACUACCUUUACCCCAAUGUAUCAUGCUGUGACCACAAGGAAGACCAAAUGUGUGAUGAAAAUGGUUUGUGCCAACAAAGAGGAAAAGGUGGUCGGGAUCCACAUGCAGGGGAUUGGGUGUGAUGAAAUGCUUCAAGGCUUUGCUGUAGCAGUGAAAAUGGGGGCCACCAAGGCCGACUUUGACAACACGGUUGCCAUUCACCCUACCUCUUCAGAAGAGCUGGUUACACUCCGUUGAGCGCCCAGGGACUCGGAUAGCUGGCUGGCAGUCGGACCAGUAGACUUCUAAGAGCCGACGUAUCAAGUUUACUUCCCGCUCCAGCUUUAUAUAUUUCUUUAUUUUAAUCAGGAUCUUCUGGUGGUAUACAUUUUUAGUUUAAAAAAAAAAAUUAUUUAUCCAAUCGGAAAUUUGUUUUGUUAAUCUGGGGUUGGUUUUCAUUUGAUAAUAUUUCACAGUAGUUAAUAUUUUUAAUUUUUUAUUAACA